AUGCAAAGGGAAAAGGAAGUUGCCAGAGGCGGUGGAUUUGGUUCUGUUUUGCAAGGCGCGCUGGAUAAGCUGGAGCAAGCAUCCCCCUUGAGCAGGGGCUCGCAUCAGAGCCCAGGAACCAGGGGGGGACCCUCCCCCAGGCCCCCUCCAAGGAGGACACCUACUGGGACCCAGAGAAAUUGCAAUGCACGUUUCAAGUCCCCGGUGCCGUCACCAAAGACCUGUCAGUCUGACGCUGCUAACAGAGAAACCCUCCAAUGUGAAAUGGAAGAGCUGAAGGGCAAGGACCUCGCCCUUGACCAGGAAAUAGCCCAGUUGUUGGCUGAAGGUUUCAGCCCGGAGGAGUUAGACAGACAUAUUACUUUGCUGCACGAAUACAACGACAUUAAAGACGUCGGACAAAUGCUGAUGGGGAGACUGGCUGUAAUCAGAGGCGUCACCACAAAGGAGCUAUACCCUGAAUUUGGCCUGGAGUUUAAUGACUAAAAGGAGAGUAAAAUGCGCCGAGCAGUGCCAGCGUUCAAAUGCAGCCCACAACGGUUUUUCAGUUCAGAUUUUCCAGGAAACAUUCACUGAACGGUGGUUUGUUCAGAGCUUUUUAAGUGAAUGCUGAGGUUGUUAAAUGUGUUACCUGCUUGUUGUUGUUGUUGUGUAAAUGCCGUGCUCAGCCAGUUAGUAUCUGCAGUUAUUCAGUAGGCUACACAGGAGGCUCUUCAUAGCUCCACUAAUUCAGUGCUGCAGCUAAAUUUCGCGUGGAAGGUGAGCUAUCUGGCCGUAUCGUUGACGGUGCUCGUUUAAGCGGAGCGUCGUCGUUCUGAGCUCACCGACUUCAACCGCCUUAGAAGGGUAUAAUUCUGCUUACUGUUGCAUUGUGAAGGGCCCCGCGUAUCAUCCGUCUCAGGACAUUUUCUGUCUAGUUCUUUCCCACAAAUGGAAUGAUCCUGGGAAAGCUUCCUGUUCAUACCUUUUAAGCAGUCUGCAUGAUUUGAACAGUGCCCAUCCCAGCCUUUCACAGUACAAGGACAUGAAGUGGGGUGUUCUGGAGCAGUGGGGGGGAAAUGUUGGUAUAUGGGACAGCAAGCCUGUGGGGCCAAGAAAUCCCCCUGGACUUGUUAGCUAGGGAGAGGUCGAAAAUAAGAGCAAUUAGAACUACAGCUUGUCAAUGAACGUAAGCAACAUGCUGUUGAGCAGGUCUUUAAAGAAACACGCGACGGAGUUUCGUUUUGUUUUGAAAUAAAUGGGAAAAAAAACCUGUUUGCA